GGUGUGGGACAGACACUCACGAGUAUCACCAGUAAAGUUGACAUAUCCAUUAAGUCAAAUGUUAGAGAGUUUUCCAUGGAUAUUAAUUGUCUGGUUAUUCCUCGCAUAACUGAUAAGCUGCCUAUAAUUUCUUUUGACAGUUCUAGUUUAAAUAUACCGCGAGAUACCGAGUUGGCUGAUCCUCAGUUUAAUAUUUCCGAUGAAGUAGAUAUAUUAUUGGGAUCAGAAGUGUUUUGGUCGGUAAUGGUACCCGGGUUGAAAAAGGGUACUCGGCGACUAGUUUGGUUACAAAAUACGGAAUUAGGAUGGUUAGUUGCUGGCAAUAUUGCUUCAGGAAUAAGUAAUAAUACAGUAAUCAGUUGUUUGAGUAUAAGUAACCGUUCUAAAAUGAAAUGCGUCAAUAGUACGGGAAAUAUAGCCAGUAAAUUAGAGAAGUUUUGGCAGCUGGAAGAAGUAGCUAAAGAUAACAUAGUACAGUCCGAAGCGGAUCGUUAUUGUGACUCAUAUUUUAAAAGAACAACAAGGCAAGCGGAAAAUGGUCAGUUUAUAGUAAACGUUCCGUUUAAGGAGAGUGUAAAGCAAUUAGGAGAGUCGCGGGAGAUGGCACUUCAGAGAUAUAAGUUUCUAGAAAGGAAGCUAGAUAGAAACUCAAGUUUAAAGUUAGAGUAUAAUGCAUUUAUGAAGGAAUACCUAGAGUUAGGUCAUAUGGAAGAAUUUGAUGAUAGCUUAGAAUUAGAUAGAGGAUAUUAUUUGCCUCAUCAUGCAGUUAUUAAGUCAUCAAGUAUAACUACGAAGUGUAGAGUAGUAUUUGACGCCUCAGCCAAGACUACCUCAGAUUUGUCACUAAAUGACACUCAGUUUGUAGGUCCUAAGCUACAGGAUGAUCUCUUUGAUAUUUUGGUGCGGUUUAGAAAGCAUAAAUUAGUCAUGACAGGUGACGUGUCUAAAAUGUACAGGAGAAUUUGGAUUAGUGAAGAGCAGAGGCUAUACCAAAAAAUUCUUUGGCGUUUUGAUUCCACCAAGGAUAUAAAGUGUUACAAGUUGAAAACAGUGACGUACGGCACAGCGUCAGCGCCAUAUCUUGCAGUGAGGUGUCUAUUUGAAGUAGCAAAUAUGCAUGAAAAUGAGUUUCCAGAUGCCCGCAAGGUUAUUAAGCGUGACUUUUAUAUGGAUGAUGUGUUGACUGGUGCAGAAUCUGAGGUGGAUUUAUUGAAAAUUCAAGGAGAGGUAUCGGAUAUUUUAAAUAGUGUUGGUUUGCCAUUAAGAAAAUGGUUGUGUAAUGAUAAAGAAAUAUUAGCUAAGUUUAAAACGCAUGGUGAGAUAGAGGCAAAUAUUUUAGAAAUAGGUGAAGAUGAGCAAAACAAAACACUCGGAGUGUUUUGGAAUUCACAUAAUGAUGUGAUUCAGUACAAAAUAGAUUUUGAAAUACUAUCAAACCAUCGAAUGACGAAAAGAGGUGUCCUAUCUACAAUAUGUCAGAUAUUCGAUCCUUUAGGUUUAGUAGGUUGCGUUACUAUUGUGGCCAAAUUAUUGAUCCAACAAAUGUGGUUUAGGAAAUUAGAAUGGGACGAUGAUUUGCCUAGUGAUUUACAAGAUAGUUGGAUUCGUUUUCGCGAAGAUUUGAAGACAAUAACAAAACUUAGUAUCCCACGGCGGGCGGUCUUAUCAGAGUAUAUAAGAAUAGAAAUUCACGGAUUUAGCGACGCAAGUGAGAAGGCUUAUGCAGCCUGUAUAUAUGUUAGAUGCAGUUUUAGCACAAAGGAACCGGUAUCAAAUUUGAUAUGUGCAAAAUCAAGAGUUGCCCCGGUUAAGCAAGUAAGUUUACCACGGUUAGAAUUAUGUGGGGCUGUCUUAUUAGCGAAUUUGCUUAAUAAAGCUAUAAAAAUUUUAGAAAUUGAUUUUGAUCAAUGUUAUUUGUGGUCCGAUUCCAUGAUAACCCUUGCUUGGAUACGAGGGGAUUCAAAGAGGUGGAAAACCUUCGUAGCCAAUCGUGUAGGUGAAAUUCAGUCACUUACAGGUGUACUAGAUUGGAGACACGUAGAGUCUGCUAAUAACCCGGCAGACUUACUAACUAGAGGAGUAACAGUUAAGUUAUUAUGUGAUUGCGAGUUGUGGUGGCAUGGACCAUCCUUUUUCAAGUUAAAUAACAGUGCGUGGAACAUAGACAAUUUUGAGCUAAAUUUUGAAGUACCGGAACAACGUUCUGUAUCGUUGGCAUCAUGCAUAAUAAAAAACGACUUAUUGGAGUUAAUCGAUAAGUUUUCGAGUUUGAAUAAAAUUGUAAGGAUUGCAGGCUAUGUGCGUAGGUUUAUUGAUAAUUUGAGAUGUCCCAAGUCUGAUAGAAAUUUUGGAAUCUUAACCCCAAUAGAGCUAGAGAACUCUUUAAACCUUUUGAUCACGCUCGUACAAAGAGAUUGUUUUCCAAUAGAGUAUAGAAGCUUAUCAUCUAAUAAAGCGUUGGAAAAUAAAAGUAAGUUGCUUCCUUUGAGACCUUUUUUAGAAAAUGGCGUCAUGCGAGUUGGCGGGAGAUUAAGUAACUCUAAGCAGAAUUUUGAUAAAAAGCAUCCAAUAAUUUUACCCAAGGGUCAUAUAUUAACAGAGUUGAUUUUAAGAGAUGCUCAUGAAACACUAUUACAUUGCGGAGUCCAGACACUGUUAUGCGCAAUAAGGGAUAAGUUCUGGCCCAUUGGUGGAAGAAAUUCCUGCAAGAAUAUAGUUAGAAAGUGCGUAACUUGUUUUAAGGUGUCACCUAAAGACACAAAUUAUUUGAUGGGUGAUCUUCCCAAUGUGAGAGUCAAUACUUACCUUCCAUUUCAGAACAUUGGCAUAGAUUACGGAGGACCGUUUUUAGUAAAAGACCGUAAGGGUAGGGGCGCAAAAACUAGUAAAGUUUACAUGUGUCUUUUUGUCUGCAUGGGUGUGAAGGCAGUACAUAUAGAGCUGGUUUCAGAUUUGACCACCGAUGCGUUUCUUGCUGCAUUUCAUAGAUUUAGUAGUCGUAGAGGAAAACCAACUCAUGUGUAUUCCGAUAAUGGAACUAAUUUUUUGGGAGCGAAUAAUGCGUUAAAUGAGUUGUUCAAAUUUUUGAAAAGAAAUUCUGAGAAAAUAGGGGAGACGUUAGCCCUUGAGCGUGUCAAUUGGCAUUUUAUACCGGCUAGAAGCCCUAGCUUUGGUGGUCUGUGGGAGGCAGGCAUUAAAAGUGCUAAGCAUCAUAUAAAGCGAGUGAUAGGUAAUCAAAGAUUAACUUUUGAGGAAUUUAGUACGGUGCUGACGCAAAUCGAAAGUAUCCUUAACUCCCGACCACUAUGUCCCCUGACAGAGGACCCAGAUGAUACAGCAGCCUUAACACCUGCUCAUUUUUUGAUUGGGAGACAGUUAAUAGCCCUUCCUGAGUCGAACUUAGCCGAAGUACCUGUCAACCGUGGCAUAAAGAGUACCUUGCAGAGCUGCAGACUAGGACUAAAUGGAGACGCGAUGGAGCGACGAGACUGCAGAUAGGUUCUUUGGUGCUGCUGAAAGAAGAAAAUACUCCUACCUUGGAUUGGAGGUUAGGCCGUGUAGUGAAACUGUUUCCUGGAACUGACAAUGUUGUCAGAGUGUGUGAAGUCAAGCUCAGAGGUGGCGUUAUAGUAAAACGUGCUGUGAAUCGAUUGUGCGUUUUGCCUGUUGACGUUAAUAAUGUUUGUUGAAAGUCCUGGACCUUUCAAGGCGGGCGGUAUGUUUGGAACUUUAUUACAUUUGGAAUAUUGUAUCUAGUAACCCGACUUUAAGUUGCAUGUGGCAACCAUGUAUUGUAAGAAGAAGGUAAAUAGAAGUGUGGAUAGUAGUUGCAGGUGUGUUAGUCUCCUAGUUUUUUCCUGAUUGUAUAAGUAAAAAGUAAAGUAAGUGGU